CCCACCUCCGACUGGGAGCGAUUCUUCUCGCCCCAACUUGUACUUGCUUGUACACUUGCCUUUCUUUCCUUCUGUACCUUGUAGAUCUCCCUCACAUCACUCCUCGCCAUCACCAUGUUUCGUUCUGUCAUUCGCCGCUCCGUCAAUGUUGGUCCUUCGACUAGCAGGCGCGUGCCACUGCAACCACUCUCAGUCCGCCUGCUCGCUACACAAGCCGGUGGAGGUGCCGAGGUGGGUGUGGACUCCAAGGUGACCACACCGGCUGAAGCUGUCAAGGCGAUCAAGUCAGGUAGCACGGUACUCAGCUCUGGCUUUGGUCUUUGCGGAACACCAGACACACUCAUCAAGGCCAUUAGCGAGAACUCGAGCAUCACGGGACUCACCUGCGUUAGUAAUAAUGCCGGCAGUGGAGACAAGGGCUUGGGUAAGCUUCUCGGUACUCGCCAGGUCUCCCGCAUGAUCUCCUCAUUCAUUGGCUCGAACAAGACCUUUGAGAACCAAUACUUGACCGGUCAGGUCUCCCUCCAGCUGACUCCUCAGGGCACUAUGGUUGAGCGAGUCCGCGCCGGAGCCUUCGGCAUCCCUGCCUUCUACACACCGACCGGCUUCGGUACCAGUGUACAGACUGGAGAGAUCAUCACCAAGUACAAAGAGGGUACUGAGAAGCCUGAGGCAGAGGAGUGGGCUAAGCCUAGGGAGACGAGGGAAUACAACGGAAAGGGCUAUAUCCUGGAAGAGGCUAUCUACGGAGAUGUAGCCAUUGUCCAUGCCUGGAAGGCCGACAAGAUGGGCAACUGUCAAUUCCGCUAUGCCGCUUCCAACUUCGGUCCUACCUUCGGCAAGAACGCCAAGCUGACUAUCGUAGAGGCAGAGAAUAUCGUCGAGGUAGGAGAACUCGACCCCAACUUCAUUCACCUGCCCUCGAUUUUCGUGGACAAGAUCGUUCAGGCAGACCAGCCAAAGCAGAUUGAGGUCAAGACGCUGCGACAGGAGAAGAAGGAAAGUUCGUCGGCUUCGGAAGAGGACCCUUCCAAGAAGCAGGCUCGAGAGCGCCGAGAGAAUAUCGUCAAGCGUGCCGCCAAGGAGCUGAACAACGGAGACUACGUGAACCUGGGUGUGGGUAUGCCUUCCCUGGUGCCCAACUUCCUGCCAGAGGGCGUCAAGGUCGUCUUGCACUCUGAGAACGGUAUCUUGGGAAUGGGCCCGUACCCCACCGAGGCUGAAUUGGAUGCCGAUCUGGUCAAUGCUGGAAAGGAGACUGUAACUCUCAUGCCUGGAGCUGCCACUUUUGAGUCUUCGGAGUCUUUCGGUAUGAUCAGGGGUGGUCAUGUUGAUGUCACCAUGCUGGGCGCGCUGCAGUGUGGAGCUAACGGAGACUUGGCUAACUACGUCAUUCCUGGGAAGCUGAUGAAGGGAAUGGGAGGAGCCAUGGACCUGGUCAGCUCCCCGGAGCACACCAAGGUGGUGGUAUUGACGGACCAUGUUGACAAGAAUGGUCGCUCCAAGAUCGUACAGAACACCAAGCUGCCCCUCACUGGUGCCCGGUGUGUGUCAAGGAUCAUCACCGAUAUUGCCGUCUUCGACGUGGACAGGACGUCUGCUGAGGGUGGUCUGACUCUGGUCGAAUUGCUGAACGGCUCCACGGUGGAGGAGGUCAAGCAGAAGACUGAUGCAACCUUCGAGAUCGCAUCUGGUGUCCAAUAGACGAAAGGAUGGGCCCCUCGAGGUGGCUCGUUCGAAGGCAGGGGAUGUGCCGCAUUCUCUCCACUUGUACUUCGCUCUGCUGUAGUCCCAUCGUGAUCUUUCAUACUACUAUCGGCAUUGCCUCUCUGC